GCCGCCGCCUGCGGUCUCUCGGGCCCGGGCUUCCCCGCCGCCCCCGCUCCCGCCGCCGCCACCCGGGUCCGAGCGGCCGCCGCCGGCCCGCAGAUGGCGCACUCGACGGCCGCCGCGCCGCUGGGCGCGCUGGAGCAGGGCUGCCCCAUCCGCGUGGAGCACGACCGCCGGCGCCGCCAGUUCACCGUGCGGCUCAACGGGUGUCAUGACCGGGCCGUCCUGCUGUACGAGUACGUGGGCAAGCGGAUCGUGGACCUGCAGCACACCGAGGUCCCCGAUGCCUAUCGCGGGCGUGGCAUCGCUAAGCACCUCGCCAAGGCCGCCCUGGACUUUGUGGUGGAGGAGGACCUGAGGGCCCAUCUCACCUGCUGGUACAUCCAGAAGUACGUCAAGGAGAACCCCCUGCCGCAGUACCUGGAGCGUCUGCAGCCGUAACCCUGGCCCGCGCGGGGAGUGCUCCCUGCCAGCCCCUUCCACGCGGCCUCCACCAGGCCUGCGUACUCUCAGGAACCUGGUCCCACUGGGAACAGACUCAGAGUUAUUUUUGUAAGGACACUCAACUGUGGCCCCAUGUCCAGACCCCUGGAGGAGGCUGGCAAGGAUGGGCAGUAAUCCAGUGACUGUGCGGAAGGGUAGGUGACAGCGCCACUCUGCUGGGACCCACAGCUUCGCAGAAGGAAUUCUGUGCACUCCACAUGGGAGCCGGAGCCAGUUCCCACCUGCCAGUGAUCAGGAGGGCAGAUAUGAUCCUGCCACCACGUCCUAGGUCUUUCUGCAAAUAAGGGUAUUCCCCAGAGCCAAGAGAAGCAAUAAGAAACCUUGUGUGCCACCCUCCAAGGUGGUAGUGCCAAGCCUCACCUGUCGCCAGGCCACCCCCUUCUCUUUCUUAAGACUUCUAUGCCCUGGUACCUGCAGUGGAACCAAGGGGCAGCCCUCCCUGAUGUGAGGGACAAGGAGAGUGGUGACCAAGUGCCAGCCCAGGCUCAACUGUGCACACACACAUGUACACACACAAACACACACACAGGAACACGCACAAUCAUGGGAUGUGGAGUGUGGACAGGCUGGUGGUGGGGAGCGACAGGUGUUUUCCUGUCCUUGGUGCUCUCACCUUUGGUUGACUUCUUGUGUGUCAGCUCUGCAGGAAACCAAGGUCCCCGUCCACCGGGAGUUGCCCCCGGCUGUCAGCAGCCAGCUCCCAGCAGCCAGCUCCAGAGGCAGCUCGAGCAGCUGCAGGCCCCGGCCGCUGCCUCAGCAUCCCCGGCCCUCGUUGGCUUUUUUGCUGCCACUGCCCACCAGGGCUUUCUCAGACAGGACAUCUUGGAGCUGGGGGUGGGAGGGAGGCAAGCUGUCCUCAAAAACUGCCCUUGCCACCCGAGAGGAAAAAACAUUUCAGCCAGAGGGAUUUCUUUUGCUGUUGCUAGACAUAGAGUGUUUUUCUUUUUGGUGGCCGGCUAUAGCCAGGCAUGUUCUGUUGCCUGUCCCCAGUCCCACUCUCUCCCCGGACCAGCCUUCCUGGUUAUAGCUGGGGAGACGUACCAAGUACACUUUGGUUCUGGGGGACCCGCCUUCCUGGGGCCCUGUGGCUUCCCUUUAGGGGAUGUUUAGGGCUCAGGGUCCUGACCUCUUGUGCUCUGCUGCUCCUCUGUGGAGCUGGGGCGUGACCCAGGAGUCAGGGUUCCUUGUUCCUUUUGGUCUGAGAUAUCAGCCAGCAUUGAAUCCCUGGGAUUGAUGUGCCCCCUCCAGGCCACUGGGGAUGUCUGGAGCUGGACUCUGGAUGGUACAUGGGGAGGCUGACCCGAGCCCCCAAUGCCUCCCUCCUCCAGUGCAGGUGCUCUGGAGGGUGGGGCUGGGGGCACUGAUUGCCAUGGUGACUCUUCCCUGUGUCUGACUCAGUGUGGCAGGUGCUGUCCUGGCCCGUGGUUGCCUUUUCUACUCACCACCUCCUUGCCCGAGCCUUGGCACUGAGACUCCCCUCCUGUCCUUCCCCAGCCACUGCAGCUCAGGGGCCCACCUCAGGCGUUUGUGCACAGGUGGCUGGAACAUCAAGAUCUGCACAUGGGAGGAGGGCUGCCAGCCUGACUCUGGGGAUCCCUGAGCUCCAGAGCCCUCAGCUGCUGUGAGUCACAGAUGUGGACCAGCAGUGGUCACCAUCCUAAGCACCCCCACCCCAUCCCGUGCCAGACACUCCUGCUGUGGCCUCCAGGAAUUCCUGAGAGCCGAAACUGUCCUCCUUAGCUCUGUUUACAAAGGGCUCUUAGGAGGGACUGAAGAAGCCCCUGGGCCUCCAGGAAGAGAUAGCUGGUAGGUGGACUGAGCUGUUCUGUGUCCCCUCCAGGCCUAGAGCUGCCCCAUUCCUGGUGCAGUUUAAGAAAAGAGCAGGUUGUAGCCCUGGGAGUGGACAGACGGGCCAGCCUGGGCGCCUUUGUCCUCCCCUUCAUAUCCCAGAGCAGCUGGGCUGGGGGCCUUCUUUCCCUCCCUCCCUCCCCUCCCUAGGAUCACACCCUUCCCAAGUUCAAGCACAGACUCCCCAGUAGCUCAGUGAUCUAAUGCUGGCUCCCUCUGGAGCCUAGAGGGUAAGGUGGCCCAGUGCCCUCCCAGCCUUCCCACAGGAGGGCUCCUGCACAAGAGGCCCCAGAGGGCCAGCACGGGCUUUGAGGAGCAGCGAGCCAGGUGGCACCAGGAGGGAGUAGCCCCUGCCUGAACCUAAGAUUCCAUGCACUGUGUUCUAACGGCAAGUGACUUGCCAGCCAACCAGCAUACCCACAAAACACUUAGUACUUGAAUGAGGAGACGAGGCUUAUGGAGGCCCUAUGUGGACCGUGGGCCCAGGAACAGCAGCUGGGGCUUUCUCAGUAAGUUUGUCCCCAGUUCCCACAGGUGUGACCUGGGCCUUCUCACCUUGGGCUUCCUUAAAGUUCCUGCUCCAGGGGGCUUGACAGGGCAAAGCUGGGCCUGGCCCGUGGUCUCCAGUAGAGCCUCACGGUGGCAGCAAUAGCCACCUCUCCCAAGGUGGGGCCUCUGGUUCUGCUGGAGACACCCCGCCCUGGAGCCCCCCACCACCCCUCAGCCAACACAGUCUGACUCAGCCGUGCCAGCUUGUCCUCUGGUGCUACCGUCUCUGGCAUCCCGGCCUCACCCCCUCCCUGUCCCAGGACGCUCUGGAAGCUGUUAGUCAGGAGGCUGGUCACACAGGGCCAGUUCGUGUGCCUGGGUUAGACCAGUGCAAGAGCAGGCAGAGGGACGUUUGGGGCCCACUCUGCUCCCCGCGGCAGAUGGCCUGAAGGCCUCAUACUCCCCUGCCACGUCUCACCCUGUGGGUUUCUCCUCCUUGCCCAGUCAAACUAGGUGGUGAGUCAUGUGCCUUUCCUACUCAGGACCUGUUGAGAUGGGUCUGGGCCAAGGCUGGUCUCCGGACCUGCUCCCUUUGUUAUCUUUCAGCUCUUGAACAUAUUGCACGACAUACAUUUCAAUGACAGGGUGGCCCAGCAUUCUGCUCCAGGGUGCUUCCAGGAGAGGCACCCAUGUGCUGUCCACACAGUCAUCUGAUCAUUAGUCUUGUUUUUAACUGAUGAGGAAACAGGCAUGGCGAGGAGGUUGGGGAGCCCCCAGGGUGUGAGGAAGGAGUGGAGAAGACAGCCUCGGCUGGGGCUCUCCCUUCCCUCCCUGGCGUCCCACCUCUGCUCUUGAUAGUCAGCACAGCCUGCACGAUGGCAACAGCCUGCUUCUCAGCGGGGAGAGCCAGGCUCUGACAGGCGUUGUGGCUUGGCUGAGGUCUCCCAGCAGACAGCAGUGGCGUCAGGAUCCCAAGCCAACCCCGGGCGACUUUGCUGCCCACCUUCCUUCCAGGGCCCACAGCGUGGUUCCCACUGCCUGGCUCCUGGGGCUGAGGCUGCCGUUGGCGCUAGCGCUGGCCCUGGCAGCGCGGCUGCUUUGCAGGGUUUCCUCAGAAGAGGCUGUGACUUCACACCAGCUACUGCUCUCGGAUCGGAGCUCCUCUCCCCCCUAAAACAUCUCCUUUUGGGAUUUCUGGUCCAGCGUAGGGUGGUGGGGCCCAGCCUCGUGUGAACACAGGCCCGUCGGGGAAAGCGGUGGAAUCCUGUCCCCCCCAGGGCCGCGUCUCAUUCCGCCCAGGGAGGGAGCAGAUGCCUGAAUGGGAAUUUUUCUCCUAGCUUCCCGCUGGGGUGAGGGGGUCUCACGGCUGCCCCAAACUAAAGAGGAAGGGGCACAGCAAGGCCACGCCCUUCCCCGUCUCAUCCCGCUCCUGUUUGACAGGCGAGAGGCCGAGGCUUGCAGUGGGGGAGUCACUAGCCUGCAGCCCACCCUGCAGGAGGGGACCAGGAUCCAAACCGUGUUCCCAUCUUCUCUAGAGGAUGGUGUUCAGCUUGUGUGUUAUGAGGUCUUAUGUCUACUUUAGGUGACAGAUGCUCUCAGAAAGCAAUAAACAGACAAAACUUCCAGCAACUUCUCUGCUCAUUUGGAAGGCUGAUGCAGGGUUCUGCCUCGAGCCAUAACUCACAUUGCCAUUCAAGAGGGCCUGGCUGCCACGGGGAGGCCUUGCAGCGCGGAAGCAGGGGCCGCAGCGCAACAUUAGCGGAGCACCUGGCCGUAGGCUCACACUUCCUCCUCAGUUCAGGAUUCUCGGGUUUGCUCAAGUCCACCCAGAUAUCCCUUUACUAUUCUCAGGGCCCCACUCCUUCCAGUUCAAUACCCUAAAUUUCACGUGAGAGAUCCGGAGAGGCUAUGAAUUCAACUUGUGUUGUAAUUCUGCAGCCCACAGGUUCAAAUUUAGGGUUGCAUUUUCAGUUGUAUCAGUCUUAUGACUACAAUAUAUUAAACAGAUUCUUUUCUGGUUGUCAAA